UACAAACAAAAAAUUUAAAAGACAGUAUUUUUCACUAAAUUUGUGGAAAUUGAAAUAUUCAGAAGAAAAAAAAACAAACAGUUCAGCAGAAUAAGUUUCAUUCUCUAGAUUUCAUUAAUGAAUUGAGAAUUCUUAAAAUUAGUAGAACGAAGUUGCAACAAAAUGUUAAAAAGAUAGAAAGGAAGCACAAAAUUGCUAUCAAAGAAUUACAGGGACAGAUAAAAAUCAAAGAGCAAGAAAAUAAUCAACUUGUAGAACAAAAUCAUUAUUUAAAUAGUAUUGUUUUAGAAAAAAAAAGAUAAUAGGUUACUUAUAGAAACCAAAAAAUUAAAAACAUAUGACCUACCCAUAAGAAAAUGUGUUUAUGCUGCUAUUAUUAACAAUGUGCUUAUGAAAAGUGUCUCCUUUUUGUUAGAAAAAAUUUCUGAACUAUUACACAACACAGAACUGCAAGAAACACCUCACUCAUCCACAGUAAAUCGAAUGGCAUAUGAGCCAGGUGUUUUAGCAUUGGUUCAGGCUGGUGAGGCACUUUUUCGUUGUGAAUGUGCAACAGUAGUGUUUGAUGCAACCACCAUUUUAGACAAACAUGUAAAUGAGUUUCUUAUCAGUACCUAUCUUCCGCAGAGAUGUUAUUCCUUAUCAACCGCUAAACUUGCUGGAGGUACAGGAUUUGACUGUGCCACUCAUAUUGUCAGUGUAAUAAAAGAACUUGCCAAUACAUUUGCAGAGUUUAAGAAUAUGCCAGCAGUAGAAGUUUUAGAUGUAUUCACUCAAAAAAUCAAAAGUUGUCUGUCAGACAGAGCACCUGUUAAUAGUUGUGUGAAAAACAUGCUUCAGGAGGAGAUGGACAUUCAAUUAAUGCAACUGUACUGCAAUGUUCAUCCAUUGGAAGCUAUUGCCUUAAAAGCAUUAUUAGCUCUUAAAACAAUAGAUAAUGAGUUGAAGGUAAAACCGGCUAAAGGAACUGAUGGGGUUGCAGUAACAGUCCUCAAAAAUAUUUCUAAGCUAAGGUAUAGUUUUAAAGGCGAUCCUGCAGCAUUCAAAAGCUAUCUUAAAAAAAAACAAUGUUGCUCCAGGGCUAUUCCUUAGAUAUGUUGGUAGUAGAUUUCAUGUUUUGUUCCAUAUGGCAGGAAUUGUUGUUAUAUAAGAAAGACUUAUAAAAACCUUUCUUGAAAAGUAAUUUUUUUUAAAUGAAUAUUUGUUUUAAUAGAAUUCCAUGUAUUAACAUUUUCUCGUUAUUCUAGCAACACCAAAAAUAAAAUUUGCCAGCUCUUACUUUAAGUUAUGAGUAAUGAUAUAACGUUUGUGCAACUGCAAGGGUUGGGCCUGAUAGGAAUAAUAAUAACUGGGCCAUGGAUGAGUCUGGUUUAUAAAAAUGCAAAAGGAAAGAGUAAUCUUGAGUUUGUAAGUUUUUAAGGUUUUUUAAUAAACAAAUAAAGUAGUUUAAAAAAUGUACAAAAAUUAUUUUUUUAUUAGGUUGACAUUUUCCAGAAAGCAAUAAGGAAAUUUGCUUACUUCAAAAGUAAUGCAGAAUCAAUUCUUUAUACAGAUGUGGAUAUUUUUAGUCAAGUAUUAAAUAUUAAAAAAGAUAAGGUACACCAAUCCCUUCGUGUAAUAAAAAAUAAAAAUAUUUUGGUAAAGAUUUUAUCAGCUUUGAUAAGCUACACAGAGACAGUUCUCAAAAGACAGAUGGCCAGGUAUUUGACUGGCAAUUUCUCAAAUCCAUCUAAAGAAAUGAUAAAAACCAUGCUAUCUGCUCCACCUCAUACAAUGGAGGCUGAAAGGAUCUUGGGCAUGCUUGAUUUUUUUUUGCGUUGUGCUCCUAAUGCUAUUUUUAGUUUUCUGGAUUCAAAAAUAAAAGCCAGGGUAAACAAAACAUUAACAUGGCUUGAUGAGAAAACAUUGCCAGAACAAGAAGAUCUUAUUCAAUUUGCAAUUCGCAGAGGAGCUUUAACGUGUCAAGCCUCUAAAAAUUUUAAUAAUCUUUUGUAUGAAGAAAUAGGAAAAAGAUGUGCCAAAGCUAAUUUAAAAAAAGAACGUCUGGAAAGAAAGCAACUAGAGAAGGAGAGCAAUAGUGCCAAACCAACUAUAAAUUAGUUUUAAAAUCCUAAUGAUAAUUUUAAUGAAAAAUUUAAUCACACAUGAUAAACACAUAUAGAUAACAUACAAAUCUGUAUCUACAUUUUAACAACAUAUCUAUUAAAAGAAAAUAAUAUCUAAAUAAGGAUGAGUUAAAACCAACAAAAUAAAAAUGCCAAAACCACAAAUCCUCUUUUUGUUAAUAUUGAUGAAAAACAAAAACAAAUUAUAGGAGUAAUUUUGAAAAAUGGAAACUUGAUAGCGCAGCUCUUAAGCCAUAAAUGGGAGCUAGAUGAUGGUAAUAUACAUUUAUUUUUUGGUAGAAUUGUUGAUCAAAAGGUAACAACAAAAAAAAAAUCUAUUACAUACACAAUAGGAUAUUGGAAAGUCAAUGAAGAUGAAGCUGAAGAUAUUGACAUAAGCCAGGAAGGAGUGAUAGCAGAUCUAAUACUUAAAGACCUGGAGUUCAUUAAAAAAUUACUAUAAUAUAAUAGGCAUUAUUAUCUUUUAUUUUGUGUAUGUUGAUUAUUUUGUAUACAUUUUUAUUUUUUCCUUUUAAUUUUUAAAAAUUUUUAUAUUAACCAAGAGCAGACACAGGGUUAUUUUACAUUUCAGAUACUGUACUUGGCAUUAUGAAAACUCUAAGUAUAAGUAUGUUCAAUCAUAUGUCAAAUAAGAAUGAUUUGCUAAAAAAUUGUGGUAGUUAAAACUUAGGAACAAAACUAUCUAAAAAAGAUAGAACCCCCCUGUCUCAAAUGUUAAUUUAAUGAGUUAAUAAGUUUUUAAGUUUAUUAUCCAAAACUAAAUUUAAAUUCACAUUUUUUAAUGCUCAAAGGUUAUGACCAUGUGAAAUAACUUUAAAAGUAUCAAGAAUUAUUGGGUCUGUUGAUGGAUUUAAAUGUAGUAUAAAAUAAUAAGUUAAAGUAUUUUAAUAACUUAGUCCCCUCACAUUUUUAUGUGGGGGUACAAACUUUUUGUGGUAUUUUUGUUCCCAGGCUCCAAUCACUUCAGUUUUUUAUACAAUUUUUUUUUCACAUUCUCAUUAGAUUUAAGGAUAAACAAACUUAAAUUUAGAU